CGUUUCCAAACCGGGGCAUGCGCAAAGAGUUUAGGAAAUGACGUUUCCUGAGAAGCAUUCUGCACAGAAAUGUGUGUUUGGGAUUGCGAGGAGCGGAGUGUGUCAGAGCAGAGCGUUCACCGACGGGUCUAGGAAGAACAGCAUUGGGAAACUCGGGUCGGCAUGGCGACGGAGGUCAUAGGGGACGAGGCUGUCUUCUACUCCAAGGCUGAGAAGUACUGGAAGGACGUCCCGCCCACCGUGGACGGCAUGCUGGGAGGCUACGGCAGCAUCUCCAACAUCGACAUCCACGGGUCCAGCAAGUUUCUGCAGAGGUUCCUGGGGGACGGCUCUGGUAAGACAGGGACUCAGUGCGCUCUGGACUGCGGUGCUGGGAUUGGCCGGAUCACUAAGAGGCUCCUGCUGCCCCUCUUCAAGACCGUGGACAUGGUGGACGUGACCAACGAGUUCCUGGUCAAGGCCAGGAGCUACCUGGAGGAAGACGGCCGUCGCGUGGACAACUACUUCUGCUGCGGCCUGCAGGACUUCCAGCCCCAGCCGGGCCGCUACGACCUCAUCUGGAUCCAGUGGGUGAUAGGUCACCUGACGGACGAGGCGCUGGUGGGGUUCCUGCGGCGCUGCAGGGCGGGGCUGCGCCCUCACGGGAUGGUCUGCAUCAAGGACAACGUGGCUCACGAGGGCGUGGUCAUGGACGAGGUGGACAGCAGCGUGUGCCGUGACCUGCCCGCGCUGCGCCACGUCAUCAGGCAGGCCGGCUUCAGCGUGGUGGCCGAGGAGAGGCAGGAGAACUUCCCUGAGGAGAUCUUCCAGGUGCAGAUGCUCGCCCUCCGAUAGGACAGGCAGGACUGGGGCCGUGUUUCACCUCAGAGCAGCGAAGGCGGGCCGCACAGCAUGCAUCCCUUCGAUCAGUAUGCGUUUGGGGUAUUAGGGGUUGGACAGUAAGUUUGAAGUGCCUGCCACAACAGUGUCAAUAGGGUGAAGCCAGGACGGCACUGAUUCUGUGACCUGGACUCAACACUCUCCUCUUUUGAAAUAUAUGCAAGUGACCUGCAACGUGUUCUGGGAAAUGUAGUUCUCUACGGCUGCCGAUGGGUGUGUGGCUGCAAGUCUCUGUGAUUGGAUAGCCCCAGGGAGCAUGCUCAGAAUGGUAAGAGGUCAUGGCUUCAGUGAACAGGUUGAAGCGGUCAAGAACACACACACACAGACUUGAAAUAAUUUGUGCGUAUACGUAUGUAACGUUUCGAUGAAUAGGUAUUGAGAAAAAAAAUAAGGUUUUAAAAGCAUUUUGAGAUGCCAAAGUUUGCUUUUUUUUCUGAAUGUCCAUUAAAUAAUUACAAAAACAA